UGGAGGCUUUCCCUUCUCUUGGCUCCCAGUGAAGUUCUAUAAUAGUUGUCAUAGUAAUCUUUCUUCCUCAGGUCCACAGCAAUAACGUAAGGCAGGUAAUUACUAGCAGACUUUAGGCUGGAAGGCUUUGGAAGUGCUUGAUGGUUCCUUUCCCAGAGAAAAUUCUCAGAUCAUGGUAAGGCAGAUUUAAAUGAAAGAAAAUGUGCUGCAAGAAGAGUGGUGUAGAUUUUUGGGCUUGCUUUUUUGCACCUCUUUUCACUGUGAGAUCAUGUUUUCUCACAUCCUGGCUGCUUUUGAAUCCCCAGAUGCAUUUUUUUUCCUCCUAGCAGUAAUAAUUUGGCAAAGCUCUGCAAGUCUCCUUGUGUUUGAGUGGCUUACCUCUUCCCUGCUCCAACAGUCAUUAAAAAACCAGUGGAAAUAAUGGUUCCCUAAUAGGAGACUAGAUUACGUUAUAUAUGCGAAAGCAUUUUUCAUGUACCUUAGCUGCAGUAUGUAUAACACCACCGGAUGCAAAGAGCAAAGACCUUUAUUGUUCUUACUUAUUACCCUGAGUAAUAGAUGGAUAUUCUCCUCCUCUCUCUUAUUAUUCAAAUUUUUAUGGAUGAAAGGAUCUGAAUAAGAGUAAGUCUACUGAAAUCAUCUGCUAUUCAGGUAAGCGUAGUAGAAAAUGUUGAUAACAUUGAAUGGGAGAAAAGAAAUAUUAAAAUGUUAUUUUACCUUUUACCAGGAGGCUGGAAAAAGAAAGAAAUGAGGAACGAAUCACUGAUGGGAAGUCAAUAUUUGACUCUGAUAUGCACAGUCACCAAGAGUGACAGGGAGAAUGUCCAUUCCUAAUAACUCCCAGUUCCAUCCUUCUUCCUUUCUAUUGCUUGGCAUCCCAGGACUAGAAGAUGUACACAUAUGGAUUGGAUUUCCUUUUUUCUUUAUGUAUCUUGUUGCGCUCCUGGGGAAUGCUGCUGUCCUGUUUGUGAUCCAGACUGAGCACAGUCUCCAUGAACCCAUGUACUAUUUCCUGGCCAUGCUGGAUUCCAUUGACCUGGGGUUGUCCACAGCCACCAUGCCCAAAAUGCUGGGCAUCUUCUGGUUCAGUCUCAGGGAAAUAUCUUUUGAAAAUUGCCUUUCCCAGAUGUUCUUUAUUCAUUUCUUCACUGCCAUGGAGAGCAUUGUGUUGGUGGCCAUGGCCUUUGACCGCUACAUUGCCAUUUGCAAGCCCCUUCAAUAUACUAUGAUCCUCACCAGCAAAAUCAUCAGCCUCAUUGCAGGCAUUGCCAUCUUGCGGAGUCUGUGCAUGGUGGUUCCACUGGUGUUCCUUCUGCUAAGGUUGCCCUUCUGUGGGAACCAUAUCAUCCCUCACACUUACUGUGAGCACAUGGGUAUUGCCCGUCUGGCCUGUGGCAGCAUCAAAGUCAACAUAAUAUUUGGCCUUGGGGAUAUGUUUAUUUUACUAUUAGAUGUGAUUUUUAUUAUUCUUUCCUAUGUCAGGAUACUCUAUGCUGUCUUCUGCCUGCCCUCCUGGGAGGCCCGGCUCAAAGCUCUCAACACCUGUGGCUCCCACAUAGGUGUUAUCUUAGCUUUUUUCACACCAGCAUUUUUCUCUUUCUUAACGCAUCGUUUUGGCCACAAUAUCCCUCUAUAUAUACACAUUUUCUUGGCCAACCUAUAUGUGGUUGUUCCACCAGCCCUCAAUCCUGUAAUCUAUGGGGUCAGGACCAAGCAGAUUCGGGAACGAAUAUUGAGGAUUUUUUUCAUAAAAGAUGGUUAAUCAUCAGUAGUCUUAGAAUGUCUUAUAGUUCCUAUUUCUUCCAUAUGUUCACUAGAAGGGAUUUAAUUUCUAAAAAGAUAGAAAGCAGGGAGCAACAAGGAAUAUGAACAGUAAUGACAU